AUGGCGGCCUGCGCUUGCUCCAGCUCCGCAGCCGUUUUCCAGAUCCCAACCUUCUGGCAACCGAGCCAGCUCCGGCCCUCAACCCAGUCCCCAGGGCCGACGGGAUGUAUUCUCUCGACGCCAUUCAACCAAUCCUUUGAUACCUUUGCCCAAGAGUCGGAUCAUUGGACAGAUUCAGAACUGUCCUUUGCCAAUACCGACUGGAACUUUCUAUCUCUUCAAAAUGCACCCUAUCCUGCGGCCUUUGACGGGUUCGAUAUGUCUGUCAACGACCCAGGUUACGGGGUGGCUUCGGCCUACCCUUCCCUUUCGGACUCGGGAUCCAUUGAGUCUUUGGCUCUGCCUACUUCCUCCCUCAUUACUAGUUCGGCGAAUUCUCAAGACGGGCAUUCGCAUGCUUCUCCUGCUUCUCAGGUUGUGGGCUCCGUUGCAACAUCUCAGUCCAGUCCUGCUACAUCGCAGGCUGACAACGUCCUGGGUCGUGUUGAGUCGUCUCGCGUGGAAAAACGCAGACUCAAUACACUUGCGGCUCGGAGAUGUCGGCAGCGGCGCGUUGAUCAAACUAAGAAUCUUGAGAUCGAGCUGGAACUUAUGAGGAAGGAACGUGAUGAGCUGAGACUCAAGGUCUCGAAGCUAGAGGGGGAAACGUCAGCUUUGAAAGGGCUGCUUGCUCGACAGACUAAAUGA